GAAACAGAAACAACUGUUUUAUUCUGAGUUUGUAAAAGAAGCCGAGAUGAAAGCUUGAAAUUCGUUCAAACUUAAUUAUAAUUAAGAUAGGGUUUGUUUUUAAUUUUUUGUUCGAUUUGAAAUUGAAGUGAGAACAGAAUAAUGAUGGAGAGAGCUGAAUCAGGACAGAAGCUUUACACACGAAUGAGAUUAUGGGAAUUUCCAGAUCAGUAUUUAAUCGAACCUACUGACGGAUCUUCCGGUUCUCCUUUGUCUAUUAACCGCGCUGACGGUUCAUUCAAUCUGCUCGAUGGAGUCCCGGAAUGCAAUUCUCUCCGUGUUCCUAAAAUCAGGACUAUUUUUGGUGUUGUUGGGAUGCUUAGGCUUGUUGCAGGUUCGUACUUAAUUGUCAUUGCGGAACGAGAAUGUGUUGGAUCCUACUUGGGACAUCCUAUCUUUAAAGUUACAUCUUUGAAGAUUUUGCCUUGUGAUCACUCUCUGAAAAGUACACCGGAAGAACAGAAAAAGAUGGAGACUGAAUUCUCUCGACUGCUUAAUGUUGCAGAGAAGACCCCUGGUCUUUAUUUCUCAUAUGACACCAAUUUAACACUGAGUGCACAACGGUUACAUGAUUUGGGCGAUGAAUCUAAAUUACUUCCUCUUUGGAGACAGGCAGAACCCAGGUUUCUGUGGAACAAUUAUAUGUUGGAACUGCUCAUAGAUCACAAGCUUGAUCCAUACUUGCUUCCAGUUGUCCAAGGGACCUUUCAUAACUUUCAAACUGCCAUUGGAAAAGAAAUAGUUGAAGUCAUUCUAAUCGCUAGGAGAUGCACAAGGAGAACUGGCACCCGCAUGUGGAGAAGAGGUGCUGAUCCUGAUGGCUAUGUUGCCAACUUUGUGGAAACUGAACAAAUUGUACAGAUGAAUGGAUAUACAGCAUCAUUUGUUCAGGUUCGGGGUUCAAUUCCAUUUCUUUGGGAGCAGAUAGUUGAUUUAACAUAUAAGCCUAAGUUUGAGAUUGUCAAACCUGAGGAGGCUCCUCGAGUAGCAGAGCGGCAUUUCUUGGAUUUGAGAAAAAAAUACGGAUCUGUUUUAGCAGUUGACCUUGUCAAUAAGCAUGGAGGCGAGGGACGCUUAAGUGAAAAAUUUGCCAAUGCGAUGCAACAUAUUAUUAGUGAUGAUGUAAGAUACCUACACUUUGAUUUUCAUCAAAUUUGUGGGCAUAUUCACUUCGAGCGCCUUUCUAUCCUUUAUGACCAAAUUGUGGAUUUCCUUGAUAAAAGCGGGUUUCUUUUGUUGAAUGAGAAGGGUGAGAAAAUGAAGGAGCAAACUGGUGUUGUGAGGGCCAACUGUAUUGACUGUUUAGACCGUACAAAUGUUACCCAGAGUAUGAUUGGUCGAAAAAUGUUAGAGAUCCAACUGAGAAGGAUUGGUGUAUUCGGUGCAGAAGAAACUAUUAGCUCGCACCCAAAUUUUGACGAAAAUUAUAAAAUACUAUGGGCUAAUCAUGGGGAUGACGUAAGCAUUCAGUAUUCCGGAACUCCUGCUUUAAAAGGAGAUUUUGUAAGAUAUGGCCAAAGGACAACCCGAGGGAUCUUUAACGAUGGCCGGAAUGCCCUAGCUCGCUAUUAUUUGAACAACUUCUCCGAUGGUACAAAACAGGAUGCAAUUGAUCUCUUACAUGGGCAUUACAUUGUUUCUGCGAGCCGAGAUAUGGCACCUCCAUCUCAAAAAGGAGGUCUUGAGAAUAUAGCUUCUUUUCCGCUGGCUUUGUUGGUGAUCUUAACUGGGUUCUUUUUUGCGAUAAUGUCACUACGGCUAGUUCGGAACGAUAUUAAGCACUUAUUCUUCUCAAUUUUAUGGGCAAGCCUUACUAUUGGUAUUGGAGCAUUUGUGAAGGCCAAUGGACGGAUUUUCUGCAACCGGCCUCGUCUGCAUGAGCCCCGCCGUUGAUUACAGGUUCUAAAUGCUACACCAGAUGUUAAAGUUUCUGUGAAAUCUUCAGCUUGCCACUUAAUUUUAUUCUUUGGUAAUGAUGCUUGAUCGAUUAAUUAUAUCAGAAAGUUUGAAGAUCCUCAAAAUUUUAGGCAAUUUUUUGGCCUGAAUACCCUUCUUUCCCACUAUUUAUUUUUUACAUAUUCUUUCAUGUAGCCCUGAUUCUUUUACCUUUGUUCAAGUUUGAAACUCUUGGUAGGAUUACAUGAACAAUUUGCAGCUUGAAAUUUGUACCAAACCUACCAUGAUUAAGAUAAAUAUAACUGUCGGCAUCAAUUCUAUUUGCAAAGAAGAGUGAAUUUCAGGGAUA